AUGCGAUGCGCGAGCAAGGCCGCCGAGAGCGCGUCCUCACGUCUCUGUGCGGACGCCGAAGCAGAAACAACAGCAACUGAUGUCUCAUCGGUUGCUGAAGCGACCCAGCCUGUGUCACUUGGUGAUGCAGGCGCUGUUCAUGAAGACACUCGUGUUUUAACAGAGUACGAGCUCGGUGUCUCGUACUCUCCUGAUACGGAUGACGGAUCCGUAUCGACGGCGAUUGAAUCUAAGCCGCCUGCCAAGCGUGGCAUGGACGAUGCUUUGCGUCGCAGCAUCUUUGGUUCAUCUGACGAAUCAGAUGAAUCAUCGCCGAAGCGAAGGCGCUCGAGGUCGCGAGACUCGGGCGCUAAUAGUGGUGUCGGUUCUCCUAUGGACACCACUUCGCAACGAGGUACCAGUCCUUCUGUCGGCACGUCGCAGGAAGAGCGGGACCGCAAUGUCUUGCGUCUCGCUCCAGAAAAGAAGGCAUGGAUGCCUCCGAAAUCCGUCAUGGAUCACUUGUCGGCGACGACGAGUGAUCGUUAUCGAACACGAUUGUUCGAUUCGUCAAGGAUCCAUCACCUUGACCCCAGCGCGAAAAACUAUCGCGCUGAACACGAAUUCUUCAUCGAUGCUUUCUUUAGACAUCGAUGGUACAGUGGGAAUCACAAACGUGAUGGUCCCUCACUACUUCAGGCGUGGAACGCCUACAUCCAUAACCUCGAGGAUGUAGGUCGUGACGCUUGGAACGACAAACUUAUCAAAGCUCGUGAUAAGUUUGAAAAGCGAACCCCGACAGGUGCACGCUACAAGCUGCAUCGUCUGUCAAGGUAG